AUGUCGGACCCAGAAAUCAAUGAUAGCUCAAGAAAGAGAUCACGGCUCGAUGAUACUAACGAUGAAUCAUCAGCGAGAUUGCGUCGAUCGGAACGCCCCAACGACUACAACAAGUACCAAACUCCUUAUGGAGCCAGCAGGCAACAACAUGAAUUCCAAAGUAAUAAUAAUGGAGCACAUCAGGAACCAAGCAAAGAUUUCAAGGACAGAGGAAGAGAAAGGGUAAUUGGUGGAAGACUGCCUGGUUUUGCGAGGGAGUAUCAGCAAAAUCGAUACCACGACGCGAGCAGGAAUACCUAUCCCAGAGGAUCAACAACAUACGAUAACCGCAGACCAACUUCGUCAUCCUAUGUUCCAAGUUACGAACCAGACCGGUCCUCGAACGUGCGGUCUGAUCGCCGACCAAUGAAUCCACCACAUUGGCACCCAAAUAAUAGAGCCGCUCACUCCAGGCAUACAUACGACAAUAACCACGGUGACCACUCGCAGUCGUAUUACCCCGGCCGGUCGAGUGGCCGGUCGAGCUAUGGGCCAAGUGCUCCAUCGCACUCUGCACACACAGAGUCUCAACCGAAACAGUUGUUGUCAGCAAAGGAAAUUCAGGAUGAGAUAGCCAAGUUGACGCAACACCUUACCAAGUUGGAAGACACCAAGUCCAUCGAUGACAUCAAGGUGAUUGAUUCACGCUGGGGGGUCAAACCAAAAGGUUUUGAAAAAGUCAGCGCACCCAGGGCAAAACUAUCUGGAUUGUUUCCCUUGCCGGGGUUCCCGAGACCUAUCGAUUUCACUAAAUUGGAAGGUCUUGUCAAGGACCGAUUGCUGAAUAGCAACGACAUUUUGAAUGAGGUUUCUAAAAUUGACCCCGAGGACUCGAGAGCCGCGAAAACGUUGAUUGUUAACAAUAUCGAGGAGAUUAAUUAUUUGAAAAUUGUCGAAUUUUUCAAUGACUAUUUAAAGAUGAUUGACUCUGAACAUGGCUCGACAAACAAUAUCCAUAGCAAGCGGAAACUCAAGGAUGACAAAACCUUGAUUAUAGAGUUCAACAACAGCGAAUGUGCCACUAUCAUCCAGUCUCUAAACGGUACGCAGUUGUUGUUUAACGCUUACAAGAGAGACGAAGUGGCUGCUAGACAAGAAGCCGGUGAAAAAUACAGGCUACUGCUCAGUCGCCCCAACGAGUACGUGUGUCAAGAUGAGCAAGUGGUUUCUCUGGAUAUUCUCGAAACAGUCAAGGAUAGCCCGAGGAAAAUAUCGCUUCUCAUCACACCCAACACAACGUCGGAUCAAGUGAUGGAGAAAGUGGAGGAGAUUGCACCCUUGCAAGCUAUGCAAUAUUUUCGACAACGAGGAACAAAGGAGCCCUUGGGCUUGGUUUUUAUCGAGUUCAAGGACCAGCAGAAAAACAUCUUGGAAAAGUUGGAAAAUCUAUCAUUUGUAAACAAUGCCACAUACUCCUGCAUUGAUAACAGAACCUACGUCCAAAAGGGACCAGUGGAUUUUUACAGCAUACCUAGACUAGUUCGAGGUGAUAGUGUGCAGCCGCAGAGGAAAUCCAGAGUUGUGCAAUUGAUCAAUGUCUUGUCUAUCAAAGACUUGCUCGACGAUGAAGUGGUGAAGUUCGCCACCAAGGAUAUUAAGAAUGAAGCCAGCAAGUAUGGCAAUGUCACGUCCAUUCGAGUGCCCAGACCCGCCAAUGACUUUGCACCGGGCUUGCAGCAGUUUAAAACACCAGGCGUGGGAAAGGUGUUUAUAGAGUACGACGAUGAAGGAUCAGCGUUGAAGGCAAUCAUGGAGAUGGCCGGAAGACUGUACAACGACAGGACUGUAUUGGCAACUUAUUUCGAUUCGGAGGACUACAAAAAGAGCAUCUUUUAA